AUGCAAGUGGAUGUGUUUGGUCGUUGCGGCGGAAAGCCCUGCGACAAGGCUUGUUACAAGCGCAACAGCCUCGAAUACCGCUUCUAUUUGGCGUUUGAGAACACGGCCUGCGAGGACUACGCGUCCGAGAAGUUCUUCAACUUCAAUUCGUUGGUCCCGAUCGUCUUGAAAAGGGAAUACUAUCCGAAUUCGCCACCCAAAUCCUUCAUUGCGUUGGACGAUUUCCCGUACGUUGUUUUCCUUGGACCAUAUGUUCUUUGUAUGUUUGCAGAAGUAUCCAUGAGUUGUCGACAUACUUGGCUCGUCUCAUGACCGACGAUGCGCUGUACGCGCAGCAUCUUUUGUGGAGCUAUGAUCUACAGCGGAAACCACGAUCACGACAUCAAAUGAUGUGUGAUGUCUGUGAGUAUGUCCUGCAAAGGCCGGCGAAAAAGGUUUACAAGGAAAUUGGAGAAUAUUCGAAUGCAAACAAGGUUUGCGACAUGAACUAUAGGAAUAACGCUAUUGUUAAUUUGAAUAAAAGUUAGACUGUUGUGCUGGAAAAUGAGUUUGCAGAAGACGGUUCAUACAGUUUCUGAUGUGGCAAACAAGUGCAUCUGCAUUCCGAACGGAACAAGGAACUAACUGGCUUUCGUAACUUCUGCAAUUUUUGAAAAAACCCUGAGCGCUCCAACAUUUUUGCUGUUUGUGAAGCACAAAUUAGAUGCCGGAGGCUGUUUGAGAUUGCUCAACUGUUGUGGUCCUGUCAGGGGGUGUAGCGUGCACUGUGUGGAUGUCAGGGUGCAAGUGAGAGUCCGAAAAAGCCUUUUGCACGAUGCAAAAAGCAAGAAACUGCACGGUGCAAAAAAGUUUGAAAUUUUGUUUUCGGGCUGUGCGUGUCGCGAAAAUCACCUACAGUGAGGGACGGGAUCCAAUGGGAAAAAACGACUCAUUUUGCAUCCCGGAAGGGACCAAAACGUCUCCAAAACCUUCCCUUCUCUAAGCUAAAAAACCCCGAUUUGAAGAGCCCGCCUUGAAGGAAAGGGAGCGCUUUUCAAAGCGGAUUUUUUUAGCUUAGAGAAGGGAAGGGUUUGGAGUCGUUUUGGCCCCUUCCGGGAUGCAAAAGGAGACGUUUUUUGCCAUUGGAUCAGGUCCCUCACUGUAAGUGACUAUGCCGCAGCGGCGCAGGUGAAAAAACCAUACGUCGCAGCGGUAUUUCAAACGCACAGUGCUGUCACGAGUUCAGUGAGAGCACGUGUAUAAAGGGUCCCUGUUCUAGUUCUGAUUUAGGAUCCCAAGCCCAAACAAUACUAUACAAACAAACGACUACACAAACUUAGGCAAACGACUAACUAAACUCAGGAAACAACUUCAAUGAACUCACAAUAAUUGACUCCACAAACACAAGAGUUGACAUAGACAAAUCAAUAAUAAACAACAGUAGAAAUACGACGGUUUAUUGCUCCAAACAACAUACAACCGGGAAAAGACAGAAACGAAAUAAUAAUAAUAAUUGGCGAUUUCUCUUCCUUUUAUACCAAUUUGUCGGUCAUUCCGUGGGAAUAUGCAAAUUCGCAUGCGAAGUCGUGACAGUGCAAAUCCAAAAAAAGGUGAGUGUGCGAAUUGCGGCAAAAGUUCAGGCACUUUGUAAAAAUGCCAAUAGUCCGUCAUAAAGUCGCUGGAGUGACUCUUGGUGUUUUCACUGUGAAAAAAAGUCAGAAUGCGAAGCGAUGGCCUAAAAGAGCCUAUUGCACGGUGCGAAAAGCAACAAAUUGCACAAUACAAAGUGAACUUUUGUUUUCUCACAUUUACAAACGUUCGCAUCGCAUUCCUUCUUUGUUAUUGCAAUUGCUUCUGCCUUGGAAACUUAAUUCUUUGGCCGGAUUUGCAAACGGGCUUUCCGCGAAUGUUUCGGCAUUUCAACGAUAAGAUUUCUCAAUUUGAAAUCAAGUCGCGCAUAACCGUGUAGGCGGAAGUCGUGGAUGUUGGUCAAUGACCAAAAAUUCUUUGGGUUAAAUUCGGAGGCUCGUUUAUCUCGCUUUAACUGAAUGAGUUCCAAUUUUCGUAAACUUUUAAUCGGGGUAUCUUAUGCUUAAUCUAAACAACGAGUUUGCUUGAAGAAACAAAAUUUCAUUAAUUGAAAGGUCUGCUUAUUUCGAAUGACGGCUACUCAUGUCUGAAAGCAGGUAUCUCAACGCUUUUGGACUACUUUUCACAGCGCUCGUUGUCACAGUCUAUCUAUAUUGCUAUAUGCCUACACCACCGAUUUUUGUAGGUAUUUUAUUCAUCUGUCGGGAAAAUAAUGGGCACUCUUUUGCAUCAAAAAAAAUGCACCAUGCAUAAAAUGACUCAUUUUGCACCGUAAAUUUCAGUUUUUUUUUUUUUGUUUUCACACCGCGUAUCAAAAUAUCGCCGCGACACACGCUUUUUUUUAACAACGUCGCCGCGGUUUUCGCGCAGACAUGUGCACUGUGCAAACGGCUUUUUAUGUCCGCACUUAGAUUGAGCCCAAAGAGGCCAUAAUGAAGGAUGCCACUCGGCCGAAGAAGCCCCCUAAAAUGGUCAAGGAGGCCCCUUUUUCGAAAAAAUUAAGAAAAAGUUUUUCGAAAUAAAGGGUGACACGCCAUACGAUGAAAAAAAUAAUGACAUCACAGUAUGUUUUCAUUUUAAAUUUUUUUCAUCGAAUAAGACGUCACACCCUAUUUUUAAAAUUUUCAAGAGUUUUUUGAUCGUAUAACUUGUCACCCUUCAUUUUAAAUUUUUUUUUAUUUUUCCCGAGAGUAGAGGGAGCUCUUUUUAGGGUCUCUUCAUUUUGGAGGCCUCUUCGGCCAAAGGCUCUGCCAGGCCAGGAGGCCUCUUCGGCUGUAACGAUGCACUUAAUGAAAACAGCAAUACUUUCCCGACAGGAUGACAAAAUUUUAGUUGGUCUGAUUUAGAAGCUCAAGAAGAUUGCAAACAUCUCUGCGACGGCUGUCAACAAAACACGAAUAUUGCUUUGGACCCCUCGGAAUAGAUGGUACGACCCCGGCUUUUUAGAAGAUGUCCACACAAAGUGUGGAAGCACCUGCGAAUUCACCAUGGACCGUGGAAAGUACAACUCUUCGGACGGAGUGAUGUUCUUCCCCUUUUAUAUGCGUAAGUUUAACAGGCCGUUCAAUAUCUCGGUCGCGCCCGCAAAGUGCGAGAAAUUUCACUUUACCAGCAAAAUAUUUUUAGGACAUUACAAUACCACCUAUCCGAAGAGACACAGUCCAAAACAAACCCUCAUUAUGUACGAAAGAGAGCCGCCAACGAGGGUGCCCGGCAGUCAGUAAGAUAAAAACUUAAUCUGUCGGGAAAAUAAUGAGCACUCUGUCGCACCCAAAAUCGCAUUGCUACCGAGAAAAUUAAUUAUGUUGUUGGCGAUAGUGCCAAAUUUGCACAAUGGAUUUGGCUAUAAAAGCCACAAGAAUACACUUUUGUCUCAUUCCUUUCUCGUCUUUGACGAAUAAACUAUCUCUUUUGACCGCUCGAUCUCGUCUUCAGACUACCCAAUCUCCUCUUCGCCGUGAUCAUCACGUACAAUCAAUUAUCACGGGAAGUUCAAAGUUGCUUUUUCAACGAUGCGAUAGAGUGCCAUUAUUUCCCCGACAGACUGAUAUUAUAUCGCAUUACUUCAGCUUGCCAAACGACUACUUCAAUGCGACUGCUACGUUCAUGAUGCAUUCGGACAUCCCGUAUCCGUACGGCUAUUUGCAGGAGAUAACUCGAGACAUUACUGUACGUUCCUUUUCUUGCAGGAGAGAGGCCACAAAGAAGCGUUUUUAUCACUCAUUUUUUAGAGAUCACAGUACCAUGCUGAUCUGUUGCGCAAGAUCAAAGAGGACAAGAAACACGGGAUCUUCAAGGUCUUCUCUCACUGCCAAACCGCGAGUCGUCGGGAGGACGUCAUUGCGGAGCUUCAAAAGUAAGGGUCUGUUUGAUAUAUGCUAUAGUGACGAAGCAGAUCCAGUGACAAAAAGGUACCAUUUUGCAUCCGGGAAGUAUCAAAAAAUGUGGCUAAAAGCAGAGAUUGCCACGGCUCCGGAGGCUCCGGCUCUGAGCGGCUCCGGCUCCGAGCCGGGAGCCAGAGCCGGAGCCGGAAAUUUUGGGGUCGGCUCCGGCUCCCGAGCCCAAAGUCGGAGCCAGGCUUCCCAGUGGUCAGAAAAGUAAAAAUUUCGUUAUCUUGUUAAACCAAAUUGCUUGCAAAAACACUGCGGAGGAUGUGACUUGACUGCAAAAACGUUGGCUGUAUGAUCUCUGGCACUAAUAACUUUUAUUUUUGGAAAAAAAUUUUUAAAAAACGUUUUGCAUAGGAGCCGGGAUUCGGAGCCGGAAGCCUUUUUAAAUUUUGCACGGAGCCAAGAGCCGGAGCUGCAAAUUUGGCCUCGGCUCCGGCUCUGGGAGCUAAGAGUCGGAGCCGGAGCCGAAAUUUUGACCGUGGCAAUCUCUGGCUAAAAGCCUCGCUCUCCAACUAAAAAAAUCAUCGUUUUGAAGGGCACCCUUUCUCCCACAAAAAAGCGGACGCGCUUUUGAAAUGCAGAUUUUUUUCACUUGGAGAGUGAGGUAUUUCGUCACAUUUUUUGAUACUUCCCGGAUGCAAAAUGGUACCUUCUUUGCCACUGGAUCAGGUCCGCCACUCUAGUCCUUCCGAAAAUUCGCCAGUCAAAGCUCAAUUUUCUCUUUGCUUUUUUUGACAACAAGACAUUUUCAGGUACCUUGAUAUUGAUCUGUUCGGCAAAUGUGUCAACCGGUCGUGCGAUAAUGACUGUUACAAGGAAAAGAUGAAAAGUUACCGAUUCUAUUUGGCCUUUGAGAACUCGGUAUGUCUUGAUUACAUAACCGAAAAGUUCUACCAAUUCCAUGAACUUGUGCCAAUUGUUUUGAAAAAAGACGACUACCGAAACCUCCCACCAAAAUCGUUUAUCGCUCUGGACGACUUUGCGUAAGUGGCUUUGAAUACCGUGAAGUUAACAGGGGAUAUAUUCCAAGUGGGAUGACUAGAGGUUGUUUGAAUCUUGCACACACGACAGACCGUACAACCUGCAUUUUUAGGAGUUUCAAGAGUUUCGCCAGCUUUAUCAAAUACUUGAUGACCGACGACGAAGCCUACGCUGAGUAUUUAAUGUGGAAGUACGACUACGAAAAGCGUCAUACCGGAACAGGAGAUCAGUUCUGCACAAUUUGUCAAUAUGUUGCAAGAAACCGAAGUCCGAAGUCCUAUAAGAAUAUUCAAAGCUUUUGGAACAGCACAAAAACAUGCGAUCGAGAUCAUACGAAAAGGCUGCUUGAAAAUAAUAAAGAUAUGUCGGGCUAG